AUGUCAUCUUUUUAUCGAUUUAUUAACUGGUCUGAAAGAAAACAGUUCUGGUCAAUUGUACUAUGUCAAAUUACACUUGUUGCAGUUAGUUGGUAUUAUAUUGAAACAAUUCAAUCAAACAACGAAUGCUCUGAAAUUUUAAGACGAGAUUAUAAUUGUCUUUCACCGUAUAUCAAUGUGCCGGAUAAUUGUACGUGGUGGACCAUCUUUUGGUUUCGAGUAAAUCGUUAUACAGUUUAUACAGUUGUACUUUUUUUUAAUGUUUUGAAUGAGUAUAAAAUAUCGUCAUAUCAUAUGUUCAUGUAUAUGUAUAUUGAGGUAGGUUUAAUAUUUAAUGCUGAUCGAAGCAACCGACAAAGUAAUAUUUUUUAUCGUGAUGGACCACUUUUAUUGUGUGUAUUAUUAAUGAUUCUAUACCUUGAAAAGAAACCUUUUUGUGAUAUGAAAGCAAUGGUACGAAGCAUUGAUAUUAAAAUUGUGAACGAUGAACGAUUAUCCGCACUAGAGGAAGCAAAUAGUCAAUGUUGGAGCGAAGCCAUUGGUAAAAUUAGACAAUGUGAUAGUAUUGACAAAAUUAAACAAAUCACUCAAUAA